UGGAUGACUCUUUCUCUCCCUCAUAUUUUUGACUUCUCGUUUUCCCAAAACCUGAAGCCUUAAAUAAUUCCAGCACCAACUCAUUUUCCCUACUCACUCCUUCCUAUUAUCUCUCUCUCUCUCAGAAAACAAAGGCAAUAGAGAAAAAUAUCAGAGUUCCAAUGGCCAUUGAAACAGGGCAUCUCAAUGUUUUUCCUCCACAACUUAUCUCAAACGGAGAUUUGAUGAAUUCUUCCAACCAUGGCAACAACGCCUUUGCAGUCAAUCCGCAGACGGGCUCAACAGGAUUCGGUUUCCGCCAAGCCCUGCCGGGAAAUCUUGUUCCGAUUUAUGACUCCCAGGCGAAAACGUCGCUGAUUCCCGACAGUAGUAUUCGGAAGCGUGCUAGGGAUUCAAUGGAUCGGUUUUAUGAAGUAUCGAAUUCCAGCCCGGCGACCCAGAAAUUUAAUACGAUCUCGCAGUUCCCAUCUUUCGCCGGUGAAGGCGUUUUGCAUCAAAUGCAGCAGCACCACUUGGAAAUCGAUAAUAUUAUUUCUCGACAUACUAAGAAAAUUGGAGUGGAACUGGAAGUGAAGCAAAAGCAACACACAAGAGCUGUGUUAGCAACAAUAGGCGAGACAGUGACGAAGAAAUUAAAGGAAAAAGAUGAGCAGAUUCAGAAAUUGGCCAAGUUGAAUCUGGUUCUUCAAGAAAGAGUAAAGAGUCUUUAUGUAGAAAAUCAUUUAUGGCGAGACAUGGCACAGACAAAUGAGGCCACGGCUAUGUCCCUGCGGACAAAUCUUGAACAAGUCCUGGCGCAUGUUAGCGAAGAGCACCACUCCGGUGGAGGCGUAGGUGGUGGCCCACCUGAGGUGGUGGAGGAAGACGCCGAGUCUUGCUGUGGCAGCAGUGACUAUGGAAGGGAUAUCCAAAUUGUCAACGAAGAUGCAAACUGCCGGAGAAACCGGCUGCUCAGUGACCGGACGUGCAAGAGAUGUGGGGAAAGAGAGUCGACGGUUUUGUUGAUGCCGUGCAGGCACCUAUGCCUUUGCUACAUUUGUGGGAGUGGGUGCCAUGGCCUCAAAGCUUGCCCUGUGUGCAACUGUACCGUGAAUGGCACAUUGCACGUUAACACGUCUUCUUAAUCAAUCCAGCGGAAUACAUAAAUAGGAAGAGGAAGAAGGAGAAGAAGAUAGACACUUUUUAGUUGUACAUUCUUUCAAAAUCUUCUGUAAAUUUCUUUAAUUAAAAAAAAAAAA